AUUCGUACUCUCUCCUUUUCGAUCGUCGCGGUUCACUUUCGGUAUGUGUGUGACUCAGUGGAAUGGUCUAUGAAUGUCGCUGGUGUCAAAUGGCAGCCACCAUGCCUCCUCCCAAGCUCUUCUUGGAAUGAGUGGCGGGUGACCAGGUCUGUGAGUCUCUCGCUGCUAAAUUGGGUUGAGUAAAACUCGUUAUGUCCGAGCAUGUGAGUUGGACGGACGGUUUUCUUCUUCUCUGUGAGGCUCCGGAAACCGACGCGGGUGCGUCUUCGGCAUUUCCCUCCGCAGUCUCCCGUGGCACGAGCCUGUUUUCUCCUGCAGGAUGCCAUGUUUCUCUCUCGUUUGAGCACUCUGUUUGACUCUCCACUUUAAGUUAAGGAGUCUGUUUCCUACAGUCUGAAGCGCUCCAUGCAGGUGCCUACUGCUGCAUUGCGUUGCAACAUUCGUUCGAUGGGAACAAGUCCAGUCGAACAGAGACACAAUCGGAUCUAACAGAUUCCUUCUGCUUUUCCUCCAUCUUCGGCAUCCCUUCAACCUUCUUCGUGCGAGAUGACGGGUGACGCGGUGCCGUCAAUAGCUCGCAGGUUCCGCGCAUGGAGACCCACCGCCUUUCUGCUGCUGGCUUGUCCCUACCUGAAUCUGCUUCUUUCGAGUUUCAGCUGGGCAUCCAGUUCAGAAGAAAGUCCUUCUUCUCUCACCACACACGUCGGUAGCCGGGACCUCGUCGAGUCCGCCGACUCCGUAGAAGUUCUGUCUCCUCUGGCUACCACGAGCCAGCUGUUCUCUUCCGUCUCGGUCUCCUCCCUUUCCUCGGCUUCGGCCGAUGGUGUCUCGCCGUCUGUCACUGCUUCCUUGCCUUCGAAGCAUCUUUCGUCUUCCUCCACACAGCCUGCAGCUUCUUCUCCAAAGUCUCUUUCCUCUUCCCCGCGAUCAGCGGCUUAUCGUCCCUCGCUUCCUCGUCUCGCUCCUCAUCUUUCCAACGCUCGGCCUCCUCCCUCUUCUCUUUCCUCGCCUUCUGCCGUGUCUUCCUCUUUGGAUAUCCCUUCUUCUUCCUCAUCUUCCUCGUCGUCUUUCUCUUCCCCUUUCUUUCCUUCUUCCCCUUCUCUUCCGUCUUCCUCAUCUGCCUCUUCUUCUUUUUCUUCUUCCUCGAGAGGCCAGGUUGCCAUCACUUCGUUUGCCUUUUCUUCCUCCUCUGCUAUCAGUCGCAACGCGUCGGCGCCUGUCUCCUUCGAGUCCUUCAUUCCGCGCAGCUUGUCCGCCAACGCCACAGUUGCCUCUGGCGCGCGUCCCAGCGAAGCUUCGUCGAGCGCAGAAGAUCCUCGAGGAGUGGUGAACGAUCCGUUCUUCCUCCUCGACCAUGGAUCUAUGCCGUAUGGCUAUCCAACUUACGAUGAAGCCUUUCGCAUGAUGAAUCAGUUGCUUCAGACCUACGGGCCUUCUCUUAUCUCUGAGCACCGCAUCGGUCACUCUUUUGAAGGUCGUCCGAUUGUCGCCUUCCGUGUCGGCGGCUUGCUGAAGCGCCGGGGAGGUGCCUCGGUCUCGCCGUCUCUGUCUCCUCCGGUUCCCUCGCCUCUGGGAGGCGGGAGUGCAGCUCCAGGGCAAACUCGAGAGCAGCGAAGCAGUGACGAGAGCCCUCUCUCUGCGAGUGGCGAAAGAAAGCAGGACGAGGAGUUUCCUGAGAUUCUCCUCACAGGCCUCCAUCAUGCCCGGGAACCGAUGAGCAUGACCAUGUGCAUCUACUUCAUGGCUCGGCUUCUGCGGGACUGCCAAGCAGGGGAGGCCGAGGCCGUGUACUUGAUGCACUUGCGCGAGUUUUGGGUUGUGCCUUUCCUCAAUCCGGACGCGUAUGUGGCGAUCGAGAAGACUGGAAACACACAGCUCCGCAAAAACCGCCGACGCUUUAGCUCCGAGGGUCGACCGGCUCAUGCGAAGCUCGAAGACGAAGGCGUCGACCUAAACAGAAACUAUGCGUUCCACUUCCUUCUCGCGCAAUCUGAAGGAAGCGACGACUACGGAGGUCCGUUCCCCUUCAGCGAGCCAGAGACGGCAGCAGUGAAGUUCCUUGUGGAGCAGUAUCGACGUUCGAGUCCGCCAACGCCGCCUCCUCCCGCGUCUCCCUCGUCUGCCUCGUCUUCCGAGCUUCACCGCAUGAUCGACUUUUCGCCUCCGCAGUCGUCUUCGUUCCUCGAGGACUUGGGCCGCUUUGAGGUUGCCCUCAACUUCCACACUUACGGCGAAGUCUGGACGCGACCGUUCAACUGCUGCAAAGAGAUGCCUCUGCCUCGCUGGGCGCAGAGAGCCUUCGAGGAACUCCAAGUAUCUCUGGCUAUUCCAACUUUGAACAGUGCACCGAACAUCGCGGUUUUAGGGUACCCUACUCAGGGGGAAGCUGACGACUGGCUGCUACAUGAACACAACGUGCUAUCGACUUCGCCGGAAAUUGGGUGGGAAGAAGGCAGCUUUUGGCAGACCGUCGGCAAACAAAGAGAGUCUCUGGAAGUCAAUUUCGCAAGAAUCGUCACGGCGGCUGUUAAGGCGGGAAGCGAGCUGGGUGUGCGCCUCAGUUUGGGGUGGAGACACUUUCCGCCGUCGGACGGGGAGAAGGAGAUGGGGGAGGAGACAGUUUCAAAGCUCGAGGGUGGCGACGACUUUCUUCGGGAGCCAGACGGAGAAGAAGAACGCGGCUUCAGGCGAAGCUUAAGGCGCAGGAUUCGAGAGCGAAAUGAAAGGAACGUGGAAGAACCUACCGACAACACCACCUCGACGGGGGCGACGAGCAACGUCCUCCAAAACGCUGUGCCGAGCGAUCGGCUGGCGUUCGUGGAGGAGACGCUGAAGCAGAAAGGUUGGAAGUCGAUUCUCGAGUUACAGGCGAACGCCACAGUCUCUAUGCACGUCAUCGAGGUGGUGAAUACCGGCCUCCUGCCUCUCCACGGAUCUGCCACACUUCUCUUUCUAACCGGCCUUCCCCUCUUCUCUUCCCCUCUUGUCGCGACUUCUCUCUCCUCCCUGUUCACGAGUGUGGAGGACGCGGCCGCUUCCGCGCCGUCCCCCCUGCGCUCGCGCUUGGAGCCUCGGUUCACUGGCAGUCGAUCGAAAAUCGAAUUGCCUCCUCCGGAGGCCCUGCGCACCUUCCAGGCUUUCCAGUCUUACCAGUCUUCCUUGUCUCCUUCUCGCUCUCCUUCUUCUCCUUCUUCUCGCUCGCCGUCUCCUUCUCCUUCUCGCUCGCCGUCUCCUUCUUCUGGUUUGAACGAUCUGCGUUGGGGUGUCUUGGACGAGGAGAGAGCCGACGAACCGGCUGGAGAGAAGGGAGAGGAUUGGUAUUUCCUAGCGUUUGAUGAGAAGUGGAAGACGGUUUUCCCCGUUUCUGUGGUCUCGCCCUCGAGUCGCUUCGUCGAGGGAGACGCGACGGAGGAGGGUCCUGAGCUUCCAGGAUUGCUAGUCGAGAUCCCCUCGGCCGUUCGCGGCCGUGACUUUGACAGCGGCGACGCUGGCGUUGUGCGUGUGCAUCUUCUUCUGCUCGAGACGAAGAGCGAUGCUGCCUUUCCUCCCGAGUUUUCUCCGCGUUCGGAGCGCCGGCCAUCUCAGGAGAGAUCCGCCUCUUCCCGAGACCGACGUCGCUCUCAGCGUCCUGCUGUCGGUGCAUGCGUCCUCGAGACUGGACCGCGUGAGCUCAAGCUUUCACCUCAAAGCGGAGAAGCGUCCGAGGCGCGAACCGUGCCGUUGUUUUGCCGCUGUGGGGCCGUGAAGACUGAAGCAGAGGAAGCCGACCUGUCUGGAGUCGAGCACGAAGGCGACUUCAAGUGGAUUUCUCUCCCGCUCUUCCUCGAAAACAACGCAUCCAGUCGUCUCUGUGCCGCAUCUCUCCGUCUCGCCUCUCGCCGUUCUUCUUCUGCCUCCGCGGCCUCUUCUUCGGUGUCGUUUUCUCUCGCUUCCUACAUUUCUUCGUACAUUUCUGCCUCUCUUUCUUCCUACUUCUCUCCAUACAUUUCGGCUGUCUUCUCUUCGCUGGAGACACCUGGAGGACGAAACGAAGGGAGACGCCUAGAGGGUCGGUGGCGAGGAGACUGUUUCUUAGGAGAUCUGGACGCUCCUCUCCUCUACGCCAAUCGCAGAUCUUCUGUGUCGUUCGCCGCUUUGCUGCUGCUCACGCUCUUCCUCGUCCUCGGUUUGGCCCUGCGCCUGCGAUUCAGGUCUCGCGGCGUGCAUGCAGCGGCCAAAGAAGUCUUGGCGGAUGCUGGCAUCUCAGGAGCUGCGGCUUGGCUUCGCGCGCAGACAUACUUUCUCUGUUGCUGCCUGCAAAUGUUCUUCCGCAGGCCUUGCAGACAGAGAAUCCCGCCCAUCUUGAUGGACGAGGGCGGCACUUCGCUGCAUGCAACGCGGGGACGGAGGAGCUGCCAGAAUCCCCGAUCGGCAUCACACCUCGGUUGCUCUUCGCAGGCAUGGCGCGAGAAGAGCAGUCGACGAAACCGAAACGCCCGAUCACUCCCCGCCGUCGCGAGAACCGGCCUGUGA